UCAAAUGUCUCUCCAGAUCUCUCAUAUUACCUUGUACUCUGGGUUAACGUUUUACUCUGGCAAUUAUCUAUUGGAAUUAUCUAGAUAAGAUAAGUUAGCUAGGAUAGGUCGUCAGCCAGCUACGGCCCUCUUAAAAAAUAGCAAGCCUAGCUCCUCAUUUAUUAACAGCGACUCAGCAAAGUGUACUUGCGCUCUAAUAAGCAGAGUCGUGUAUGUGAGUUAUCGUGCCUUUCUCAGUUUGAUGAAAGCCCAACGAGUCUCUACCAAAACAUUUUUUUUUCAUCCCAGUCUGUGUUUUCAAUUCAACGGAACUGCUCCCACCCUCGCUGAUCAAAUUACAUGUUAACCGCUAUCCGCUAGGUAUAACCAUGGUAACCAACACAUACAAACCAACCGUCAACAUCUCUAUUUCUCAUUGGUGGAAAGGCUGACCCGUUUUAAACAAAGUCUUACCUGGUUCGAUAACUCCUCAGGUGUGCCAUCUUCCUUAGAAUGAAAUGAAACAUAAUGGCAGAGAAGGCAAAUGAGAGACAUGGGUGCUGUGAAGAUUGGAAUAAUGUCUGUCAGAUGAUCUACUUCUGACACCCACUAGGGAAUGGAAAGUUUUGAAAAUGCCCUACCUGGAAAAGAAAUCCAAAAGAACUGAUAUGACCCCCCCUAAUUCAAAGGUUAAUGAAAGGGAACUGCAUGCUCUCAAGAGGCUCCUCUCUCUGCUUAGCACUCCGAUAAGCAAACCACAGGUCACACUGCAGAAUCACUCUAAAGGUGGCAAAACAGAUUCCCAUCUCCACCAUACAGUUGACAGAAGUGGGAAGAGUUCAAAAUCCACAAAGACCGAAGCCACUGAACUUGAGAUUUUCAGUCUGACCUACAGAGAUCAAAGACAUUUCUGCAGUCAUCUCCAUCACAAGACUUUCCAAAGCAUCCUUACAGCUUUGAUCAGAAACAGGCUCAACUGCAGAGAAUGGCUUGACCAUACCCCCCCUGACAACAUUCUGAGGGCCCUCAUCUGCUUGCGGUUGUUAAUCAGAGAACCACAUUAUCAGAGAGUUUUCCACGAUCUCCAAGGAUCCUGGCACCUUUCAAGGUAUAUGGACUUGGUAUCACACCAUUAUUUGGAUGCUGUGGAACAAACAUUGGCUGUAGAACAUCUAGUCGCCAUGACAUAUGUGUUUCAGAAAAUUGCUGCAAAGGAAGACCAGAGAAAGUGGGUUAUUGAAUGUGGUGCACACAAGAUUCUCGUGAAGCUCAUGGCAUCUAAAGAUAGCAGUGUCUUACUAGGAGCUCUCCUGGUCCUGACCUCCCUGGCAGAGAGUCUGGAGUGCAAGGAGGAGAUAGGAGAGCUGUGCAUCGUCGAAAAUCUGCUAGUCAUCUUACAAGAAUAUGACCUGCUGUCCAAAAGGAUGUGUGCGGAGCUGCUGAGGCUGCUGUGUCCUGUGCGGCAGGUGAGGGAGCAGCUGAAGGCCUGUGAGGGCGUGCCCGUCCUGCUCAGCCUGCUCCACGCAGAGAACCUCAAGCUGCUCUGGAGCGUGGUCUGGGUUCUGGUCCAGCUCUGCCAGGAUCCCGACGCCAGCGCUGAGAUCCGAUCCUGGGGCGGGGUGCAGCAGCUCCUGCGCAUACUGCACGUUGAGCGGUCAUAUGUGUCAGACGGCCGCGCCUCCAUUGAGACCCUCUCCAGUGCCAAUGCAGGCUGUAUCCAGGGGCAACACGUCUCCGAGGAGCUCAGCCCGCAGGAAGCUGCAGGAAACAUCGUUGCUCUGCAGGCCGCCUGCUGCGCUGCGGUCACUGAGCUUGUCUUGGACGAUGUGACAGCUCAUCAUGUUGUUCAGGAAAAUGGGAUCUACGUAUUAGCUAAGCUGAUUCUGCCACAAGAUGGACCCAAGGGGUCAUCUGUACAGUGUUACGCAUUUAGGACCCUUCGCUUCCUGUUCAGCAUAGAGCGAAAUAGACAUCUGUUUAAAAGACUGUUUCCAUCUGACCUCUUUGAGAUGUUCAUUGAUGUUGGACAUUACAUUAGAGAUAUUACAGCCUAUCAAGCACUGCAGGAAAAAGUUUCUGUUUUCACUAGCGAAGAACUAAAUGAGUUGAAGGAAAGCAUCGAGACAGCGGACCAGAACCGCCCCCCUCUGAAAGUGAUCAAUGGCUACGCCAUUCUGGACCAUCUGGGUAGCGGGGCCUUUGGCAGUGUUUUCAAGGUCCGGAAACAGAAUGGACAGAACCUUCUGGCUCUGAAGGAAGUGAACCUCCACAACCCGGCUUUUGGCAAAGACAAAAAGGCCAGAGACAGCAGUGUGGAGAAGAUCGUCUCGGAGCUUACCAUCGUCAAGGAGCAGAUGACCCACCCAAACAUUGUGAAAUACCUUAAGACAUUCUUGGAAGGUGACAGGUUGUAUGUUGUUAUGGAGCUGAUAGAGGGAGUUCCUCUCUCUGACCAUUUCACCUCGCUCAAAGACAAGCAACAGCAGUUCACUGAAGACAGAGUCUGGAACAUUUUCAUACAGUUAUGCCUAGCACUGAGAUAUUUGCACAAAGAGAAGAGGAUUGUCCAUAGAGACCUCUCCCCUAAUAACAUCAUGCUCGGAGAGAAGGACAAAGUCACUAUCACUGACUUUGGCCUUGCAAAGCAGAAACAAGAGAACAGCAAGCUCACGUCAGUGGUCGGCACCAUACUCUACUCCUGCCCAGAGAUAGUGAAGAGCGAGCCGUAUGGGGAGAAGGCGGAUGUUUGGGCCUUGGGCUGUGUCCUGUACCACAUGCUCGCCCUCCAGCCUCCCUUCUACAGCGCCAACAUGCUCUCCCUCGCCACCAAGAUUGUGGAGGCAGUCUAUGACCCAAUAGAGGAGGGUGUCUUUUCAGAGAGAAUCCAAGACCUGAUCAAAUGGUGCCUAACUCCAGACCCAGACAGCCGGCCCGACAUCGUAGAGGUCAGCGCAGGGAUCUCAGAUGUGCUGAUGAAGUUCAUGGAUAACCUGUGCGCCAGCCAUCAGGCCCUCGAGCGCAGGGCCGAGCGAGACAGGAAGCGAGCACAGAAGUACUUCCUGGAGUCCAACCAAGUCAGGCUUGAACACUGGGACGCACUUAACUGUCAGGGGAAAAUCAUCAGGGAGCAUGUAACCACUUCAAAGACUGGAUCUGUAGGCAAUCUGCCUUCUUCUCUAUGCAGUUCACAACCUGGAGAGGAAAGAGUAGACCAGGGCAAGUUACACUGUAACUAUAACAGUCCCCCAUUGCAAAAGGUAUGUUAUAGUUUCUUGCAACAACCACUUUAUCAUCACUGUAAAUCAUUUUGUUGUGUUUUUCCGACAGAUAAUGGUUUUGAGGAAGACUCAAGAACACCUUGCAGCUCUGUCACAGAGCCCCAUAAACGCUUCAGGUCGACCAAGUGCAGUGUGAGCCACUCUCUGUCAGAGCACUCUUCUGCCUGGUGAGUUGUUACGAGCGAAGGGUGCUUCUUGGUAUGUGUCUCUUAAUACCAGUUGUCGCUGGGAAAUUUUGAAGUACCUCUGUGAUCCUAUCCCCCCCCCUUGUGCUGACUG